AUGGGUAGAGAGAUGGUGGCUGAACUGAUAUAUAAAAUUGCCAAGUGUUGCACGCCACAAAAGGGAGACGCAAUUACCGGCUAUUUCAAGGAAGACAGUACGAUAACUGUCCAUCACGCCAAAUGUAGCGCAGUACAAGGCUUCCGACCGGAGCGGCUAUUGGCAAUCGCGUGGGAUGAGAUUCGGACAACUGAGAUGCCAACGGAUACCGUUGCCCUUCCACCUGAGUUUGCUGAACUUGAUGAGACCGAUUACUUUAUACUGAAGCACCAUCAAGAAUUGGGAAUGGACUACUCUAUUGUUGUUGCUGAAGCCUUGAGAAUUCCGCUUGAGGAGAUGCACCAGCGACAUCGCAAAUUGCGGGAUCUCGGGGGUUUGAAACGGGUUGAAGGGCGUAUCAUCCACUAUCGCAAGAAUAUCGUCAAGGGGAAAUGGAUUAAACACCGAAAUCAUACGUAUUAUGAACUGACACCUGAAGGCAGAACGUGGAUCCAGGCUUUUGAAAAUAAACAAACUGCGUCAGAAACGUAA